GAUCGGUUGAGUCCGUUUCCGCUUUCACGCAGGAACGGAUCACCACAGAAGCCUUGAAAAGUCAAACGACAAGAAGAAUAUACAAAAAGAGAUCAUUAGUCAACACGGCUGGAGGACGGCGAGCGAGAUAAAGCAUGGAAAGUUGCACCCAUCGUGGUACUUUGCACAGUCACAUGAUGCCACAGUACGUUUCUCAGAAUUUCCACAUGAUUCUUUAUUUGCGUGUCACCACUGUCUGACCAUGCAGGGCCCAUACCUGCACCCAUCCUAUCCUCCUGUCCAAGAUUAACUGAUUUAAUUGAUUUAAAACAACUGGAGUAGUAUACUCCAAGAAUAUCCAGAGGGAGGGGGGGAAAGAGGAGAGAAGGGAGAAGCAAAAAAGCAUGUCACACAAAGAAGUCAGGUACUCCACCGGAUUGCUGUCAAAAGAGAAGAAGUCAGGUACAUUAAGCAAAGUAAAGAGGCAAGGGGAUGACCACCGCGGCCUCCCCUAUAUAAAGGAGUACUUUUCCACCCACCCCCCAUCUCCUCUCCGCCUCCAUGGCGAACCUCCCCACCCAGGCCGCCACCGCCGACGCCUCCGGAUUCAAGCUCUUCGGCAAGGUCAUCCAGCCCGACGCCGCCGCGCAACACGACGCCUCCGCCUCCAUCACCGCCUCCACCUCCACGGAAGAGAGCACCCCGCCACCCCCACCCCCGCCUCCUCCUCCUCUUCCGCCGUCGCCCCCGCCUCUGCAGGCGCCGGCCGGAGGCGAGCCGCUGCCGUGCCCGAGGUGCGGGAGCAGAGAGACCAAGUUCUGCUACUUCAACAACUACAACGUGCGGCAGCCACGCCACCUCUGCCGCGCCUGCCGCCGCUACUGGACGGCCGGCGGCGCGCUCCGGCGCGUCGCCUCCGCGUCCCCGGGCCGCCGCAGGCCUCGGCCCAACGCGGCCCGAUCGGCCGCCGCCGCGGCCUCGGCGUCCGCCUCGGCCUCCGAAGGGGCAGCGGAGAGCGUUGACUCGCUGUCGUAGGCGUGUGCGCGCGGCGUGGGUGGAGAGGCUUUCUCUUCCUUCCGGGACCUCGCGUGCGUGGGCGCAAUGCUCCGCGCCGCUACCUCCCCGGGCCGACGCGUCAGAGACACCACGACCAUCGCACUGUGUACCAUCAUCUGCUCUCGUCCACUUUUGGGCUUUUCUUUGUCCAAGUAGGUUCUAUUUUGAUACCAUUUUAGGAUUCUUUUUGGUGGCCGAAAGGAUGCGGCAACGGCCAGCGACGAAAGAGAAUUUAGAAAGAAAAAAUGCUUUGGUAGCUGCUACUCCACUAGUGAAAUCAAAUGGAUGUACCACUUCCUUCCUUGUGGCAAUGAUGAUCCUAAGUGGCAGAUUGAGCCAUGAUUUAUUAUGCAGGGAACAUUCAAUGGAUCACGUGGAAUCGGUGACAGUAUUGAGCUGAUGUAGAUGCGCAGCUUAAAUGGAAUGUAUACGUGGUAGGUGGGUGUUUUUGCAAGUGUCAAUGGCAUCAACGGAAGCAUCUAUUGUACAACAUACAAAAAGGCAUAUGUCUGAGAAGGUUCACAUUAUUCCAAGAAAAGGUCAGCUUGAUUAUUUCCUCUUCCAGGCUUUCAGCUGUUCUUGGUAGUGUGACAUAGCGCCAUUUUUGUUUUAUCUCUUCUCCUCAAUGUCAACGAUAAACAGUUAAACACAGUCACACUUAAUAUCUCA